GGCGCGGUACCUGCGCGGUGGGGCAGCGUUGGGCGGGGCGGGGCCGGAGCGCGGAGCGGCGCUGCCCCGGGCACGGCGCGGCCCCCGGCGGGAUGCGGCGCGGCGGCGGCGGGAACGGCAGCGAGGGUGAGCCCGAGUGGCCGUGGCCGUGGCCGCCCUGCGACGAGAGGCUGUGCCUGGCGCUGCCCAUGCGGGUGCUCGUUCCCAUCACGGCCGUCUGUCUGGGGCUCUUCGUGGUCGGCGUGGCGGGCAACGUUCUCACGGUGCUGGUCAUCCGCAGCUACCGCGACAUGAAAACCACCACCAACCUCUACCUGGGCAGCAUGGCCGUCUCGGACCUGCUCAUCCUCACGGGGCUGCCCUUCGACCUCUACCGCCUCUGGCGCUCCCGACCCUGGAUCUUCGGGCAGCUGCUGUGCCGCCUCUCGCACUACCUGAGCGAGGGCUGCACCUACUGCACCAUCCUCCACAUCACCGCCCUCACCGUGGAGCGCUACCUCGCCAUCUGCUUCCCCCUCAAGGCCAAGGUGGUGGUCACCAAGCGCCGGGUGAAAGCCACCAUCGGCGUCCUCUGGGCCUUUGCCUUGCUCUCCGCCAGCCCCUUCUUCUUCCUGGUCGGCGUGGAGCAGCCCGACAACCGCACCGACUUCAGCCGCGAGUGCAAGCCCACCCCGCAGGCGCUGCAGUCCGGCCUGCUGGCCACCAUGUUCUGGGUCACCACCUGCUACUUCGUGCUGCCCGUCACCUGCCUCAGCGUCCUCUACGGCUUCAUUGGCCGCGAGCUGUGGCGGAGCAACACCCGCCUGCGGGGCCCCAGCUCGCUCCUCCGGGAGAAGGGGCACCGCCAGACAGUCAGGAUCUUGGGUGAGUCCCGCCAGCAUCCCCCCCGGGCUAUGGCUGGGGCAAGGAUCGGGGCUGGGGGGCCACGGCAGGGCUGAAGCAUCGGCAGCUCCCGUACAGGAUAGGGAAUAGCGCAGGGGGACAUCCCAGCCACGCUCCCGGGAACUGCCACGGCAGGGAUUUCACUCCCUCCCAGAUGAGGCUUCACCCGCGUGGCGUUGCACAUCCAGCAGCACGGCUGCCUUCCGUAGAAAUACCUGUUUUCUGAAUUUUACCGGGCAGAAUCAAGUACAAGGUAGCCUGCAAUUUCAGAAAAACUGUGGUAACAUCAGCAGUCUCUUCCAGUUGGCAGCGACACCUCUGCAUAGAAAAUUUCUGCUUCUGAAAACUAAGUUCUUAGUGAUCAUUUGUAGCUCUCCAAGGAGUGAAUCCACUGGUUGCCCAAGGAGGCUGAAAAACAGCAAUUUGGCCCCUGUGAGCUGUUUGGAGACAAAUCCUGUAAUACCAAAGCACUUCCUACAGGUGUAGGAUGCUGAUAAUUUUUAGUUCAUUUUUUCAAUCAUACAUUCAGUAACCCAGCAUCAGACUCUGGAAAGUUAGAGAUCUUAGUCUACUUUGGGGCUUUAAUGUUUGUAAGUAGUGACCAAUCUGAAGGGAAAGAAAAAUCCAACUAUUGACUAAGGAACAUAAAACAAAAUCCCCCGAUUAUUAUUUUUGACUACUUUUAGUGUAGUUUUUACAUGUCUCAUGGGAGACUUCUUUCUCUGAGAGUGUAAUCAGCUGGAUGGAAAUAGUGUAG